GAUUUUUCAGUGAGAUGGCAGCAAGUGCAAACGAUAAACCUGGUGGCUACGACGUAUCAUUUGUAGCUCCGCUGGACAAGGAGUACGAAUGUCCCAUCUGUCUUCUUGCAUUGAAGGAUCCUGUACAGACUCCAUGUGGACAUUCCUUCUGCAAAUCUUGUUUCGACAGAGUAGUGCAACAGCAGGGAGGAGGUGAUUCAAUCGUGUGCCCUUUGGACAAAAUGAGGAUAGCCGCUCGCGAUGUAUUUAAAGACGCUAAGGUCAAAAGAAUAGUUCUCGCUCUCAAAGUUCUGUGUACUAACAAGGAAGCAGGAAUAGGCUCUUGUAAAUGGAAAGGAGAACUAAACUACUUUCAGAAUCAUCUUGACGAGUGCGAGUUUGUAACGGUCGAAUGUUCUCAAAAAUGUGGAAAAACAAUGCCACGAUACCUACUCAAUGGCCAUUUUCAUUUGCAUUGUCCCCGUAGCGUUAGAACUUGUUCCUACUGCAAAGUUGACUUCGAAAGGCAACACAUGAGGAAACACGAAAGUACGUGUGGAAAACGUCCCAUCAAGUGUACUUUGAAUUGUGGAGCAAACAUACCACGAGAAGAUAUGCAUGGCCACGUUUCUGAAUCAGGCAACUGUCCUAACACUAUGAUGCCUUGUGUCUUCAAAAACGUUGGUUGUGACAUCACGGUCAAGAGACAGGAGAUAGAUCAGCAUCUAACUGCCGAAGUGGUUCAGCAUCAAGUCAAACAACAACACAUGAUAGACAAACAACAACACAUGAUAGACAAACAACAACACAUAAUAGACAAAUUGAUCGAUGAAAACAAGAAGCUAAAGCAGAAAUUGGAUUUACAUCUAUUCACGUCAUCUGAAGAAACAGUGCUGUCUUCUUCUGGUCGCACAAUGAUAAAAUUGUUUGUUAAGCGAUCGCCUGCACGUGGUUAUAUUUCCAGCCUCCCAUUUUGUGCUCAUCACACUGGAUAUGAAGCAAAGUUGUAUCUCCGUCACAUAGGAACUUACCCUACUUUUGAAUUAGGUAUAUUACAGGAUUGCUGGAUAGCACACCUUGUACUCAUAAAAGGCAAUCGAGACGACAAACUAAGGUGGCCUUUCCCAUUCCGUUAUACGAUUACACUACUUGAUCAGCAGACACAUCAAGACGACAUCAAGACGACAUUAGAUCCUGCUACAUUUGAUGAUCGCAUUUGGAGCAUGUUUUAUUGCAAACCUGAUCCUUCCAACACAUUUGCUAUAGGGCCAGAAUAUCAAAAUUUCAUGAAGAGAAUGUUUCACGUCCCCGAGUCUCUUCUUCUGAGUGCAAAAUAUAUGAAAAACGACAACAUUGUUAUGGUUGUUGAAGUGGACAAUUAGUUAACCUAGAAAAUCUACAUGCGUACGUAGCUACGUAACACAUGUACGGCUGUUUGCAAAAAAAUCUUUAAAAGUUUGCAGAAAAAUGUAAAUGUUAGUGUGAUAGGUCACGUGAUCGUAAUUCUGUCGUAGGCGGCUGGCUGGAAUUCGCCAUUUAGUUUACAAAAUGUGAUAAAAAAUACAAAAAAUAAUA